AUGACUACUACUACUACUAAUAAUAAUAAUACUACUAAUACUACUACUAUUACUUUGACACCUGGUGCUACUGUUCCAUCCCUUCCCAUUGUUCUUCGGAAGGAUGACAGUCUCGUUCUCGCCACGUUUUCAGAGAAUCAACGAACUUUAACUGAAGUGGAGUCCAGUCGCAUGACUGGAGACUACCGUGAAUGUGAAGUUUGUUUUAAUCCAGUGGAACAAACAGCAUUUGCCCAUGCUACCACAACACAUGUGCGCUACAGUCAGUUGGUGCAACCAGAUAAAUCAGAUGCGUGGGAGUUAAAAUUGAUGUUUGAAGUUGAAGAGAAAAAUGUGGUGGCGUUAUCCUUUUCUACAUUGGGCAGUGUGUUAGUGACAUACGCUAUGAUGGAUGGAAAACGUCCGGAAGGAAAUAUGGCGAUGUAUGAUGUUUCAACAGGAAAUCUUUUACGUCGAUGUGUACAAGCCCGUUGGCCUGGAAUGGUGUGGUGCAGUCAAGAACAGUAUUGUGUUCGUCCUGUGCAGGGAUUUCUGCAUGUUAUGGAAGGUGAUCUUCGUAAAGGAGAAUCCACCGUAUUGGCAAAGUUGGAUCUUCAACUUCCACAGGAUAAGGAAAUGGAAUUAUCUAUGUCUCCCAGCAAUAUGCCUAUUCUUGCCAUGUUUAAACCAUUUCAUAAACAAACACAAGGUACAUUAUUUAUUUACCGCCUACCAAAUUUACUUGAAGGGCCAAUGUACCAAGUUUCUUUUGGUCGUGCAGAGUCUGCAACGUUGCUGUGGAGUGGAUCAGGGAACCACAUUGCAUUACUUGUAAAGUGUGAGAGUGAUAAGAGCGGUAAGAGUUACUAUGGUACAGUGAAAUUCUUUUUGGUGGAUGUUGGUGGUCGAAAUCUAAAGGAAAUUAAAUUUCCAAGUGGAGAGUCUGUACACGAUUGUCAGUGGAGUCCUGCGGCCGAUCACGUCAUGGUGGUUCACGGUACAAUGCCGCGGAACAAGACAACAUUGUAUGAUAAAACAGGUGUGGCAUUAAUGACAUUUGGUGAAGCUCCUCGAAAUGUGAUUCUAUGGGCACCAAAUGGACGUUUCUGUGUAUUGGGUGGAACAGGAAAUCUUGCUGGGGAUUUUGUCUUUUAUGAUUUAAAUCCUUCAUCAAGUACUGGUAAAAGCAUCAGAAAUAAUAAUAUUAAUAAUAAUAAUGGAGUAUCUAAUCAAAAUAACUUAAAUAUUAAUAAUAUUAAUAAUAAUAAUAAUCGAGGAGCAAAUGCAUCAUCUUCUGCUGUUGCCCUUAUGACUGGUGAGUUUAAUGAGAAAAGCAGUGUGCAGAUGUGGGCACCUGACUCUCAUGUAUUUCUCUGCGCUACCAUUUUCACCCGUCUUCGUAUUGAUAACAAACUUGUAUUCUACAAAAACAAUGGGGAACACCUACUAACGCAGAAAUACCCUAUACUCUAUGGUGCUCAUUGGGUACAAACGCAAGAGACAAAUCUCUAUCCUCUUCGCCCGGCAUCACCACGAAAAGAAACUGACAAACCAGCAAAGCCACAACCAUACCGACCACCACACGCAAGUGCUGCUGCUGCCGCACUCUUACGGCGACCAGACUCUUCUGCACCCAAACCAGCAAAACCUGCAGGACCUCCUGGAGCCAAUAUUGUUGUGACGAAAAAGAAGAAACGCUAG